AGGUACACAGUUGUCGAAUGUCGAGGCACGAAUUGCAUGUGACUGUGGAAUGGAACGCAACAUUCACCAGCAUGCCGGAUCUUGCGCCUGCAUACCGGGUUGCAAGUUUGGCGGCCUUCAGAUAGGUUGUUCCAAACGAGUGAGAACACACCUGGCACAUGUCGCGCCAUAACACCGUUCAGCCGCUAGAGCCCCUCGAUGGCCAUGCCUGAGCAUCUCCAACCACCACCGCCCACAGUGACGAUUGGCCCCGCCAGCCAUGAAGAGGACCACGACAGCUUGAGGAAACUGUCUCGCUCGCCGCAUCCUUACCACCGCCUACACUCCGAACUUCUCGAACCCUCCGGCCGUCUGCCUCGUAAUAGGCCGUACUCAAGCGUCGCAUCAUCAACCCACUCGCUUCCCUCGUUCGCGAGAGAGUCCCCGCUUCCCACCAGCGAGAGCGGCACCGACGCCGACGAUGAGCACUUCCUCAAGGGUCUUCCUGCGCCGAAAGCCAGGCUGCACAAAGGGCUGAGGGGGAGGAACGAACCGCUGUCCGGAACAUCAACGCCGGCGCUCUCACCAGGUGUUUUGGAAGAGGAGGGUCGGAAAACGCCAUAUCUAACUCCCGGCCAUGGCCGAUACGGGCGUGACAAGAGGGGCGCAGCGGAGGGGGCGCGCCGCCGCAGGGAGGUUCUCAGAAGAGUAGUGGAAGUGCUUCUCCUCGUAUGGCAGGUGGCAAUGGUUGCUUCGAAGCCCGAUGUGCGGCCGUAUCUGCACAUUUAUAAAAAAGCGCUGUUGGCCGUGAGCACGACCUUCUUCUGCCUGAUCGCGGCAUACCCUUUGAGAUUGGCUGCUUGGGCAUAUCGCCAGGGAAAGCCUUCUAAGCCCAUACCGAUCCGGAUCCCAGCCGCGUUUGAUCCGGCGCCGCUCCUCUACCCUCCUCUAAUACCGGUCUUCGUGUCCCUCUUGGUUUCCCGGCAUGUCCAGGGUGGAGUGCUGCCCAGUCUCGUUCUCAGCAUAUGCGCCCUACCAAGACAACUAGUUCCUGGUGCCCGUUACUGGGAGUACGUGAGCUGCACACAUUGGCUGCUGUCAUGCAUACCCUUUGCAUGGGACGGGUUUCCAUCCACCACACAUCCCUUCCGAGAGGACGAAGUUACGGGCGAGGUCCUAGUCUUGCUCUAUCCGUUACAUCAAACGCUCUGCCUGGUUCUUCACUACCUCACAACAACGAGCCUUCUGGUUUCGGAACUUCAGCUGCUUUCAGUAGGGCUCAUCAGCCUUCUACUCCUGGCCCGCUCUCCCCAAGCCGUUAUCUUGAAGGCGGUCCUGUGGGGAGGUGGCCUCGGUGUCACUGUAUUUUGUGGCCAAGUGAUACAACGAGGCAUCGCCCUAGCUCGCGUACCGAAAUGGCGAUUUAGGCGCGCCACUCCUUCAGCGAGGAGUGAGUCUGGAUUCCCGCUUUUACGGGGGAUCUCCUCGCUUUUUUCGCGGCGCUCCGGCUUAGGGAUAGGCUACGGUGGCACUCUUUCCGACUCGGACCACUCUGCCGAUACGUGUCUCGGUGUCUCUGCGUGUACACCACCACUGAAGGCCGUGCAAGCAGACGCCAUGAGCGAUACCGAAGACGCACCCACGGCACUCGAGAAAGCGGUCACCCUCCAGUCUUCCUGGGAGCCACCACAGCAGGGCACCCCCCGUAGGCACACCCUGCCUGCUCCCAGCAAGCUGGCCGGUCGUGCCAAGUCUACCACCCCGUCCGGCCGCCGCAAGCGCGCCACCUCCUCCAGCGUUCGCGCUUUCUUUUCGCUCACCCAGACCCAAGCGGCCAUCCACAAGUGGCUCUACGCCUGCUACGUCUACGUGUGCAUCCUCCUAAUCAUCUUGGUGGGUGUCAGAGUCUACGUUCAACACUAUGCGCUCUUCGACCACGAACCAGUCGGCUGGGCCCUUGGCUAUCUCUUCGGCGACAUCCCACAGUUCCGAUUCCAAGUCGUCAAAGCCAACCUCGAGCGAUGGAUCUGCCUCCCGCCGCGUCCCGGAGGGUCUGAACCCUGCCCCCUCGGUGACGGGUGCGGCAGCGGGUGGGUGCAGCACACGCGCCUCGCCUCCCUCGGCCUGUCCAACACGCGGCUGUUUCUCUCGGCCUACUGGCUCGGCAUCAUUGUCACGGGGCUGGCCAUCGUCUUCCGCCUCUCGCCCGUCUACGAGGUCGACACCCGCCGGAAGGUGUUCCACUUCAUGAUGGUCGCCAUGUUCCUACCCACCAUCUACGUCGACCCUUGCUAUGUCGCCCUCGCCCUCGCCCUCAUGCUGGCCAUCUUCCUACUACUAGACCUACUCCGCGCCAGCCAACUACCGCCGCUGUCCAAACCCAUCGCGCGCUUCCUCACGCCUUACGUCGACGGCAGGGAUCUGCGGGGCCCCGUCGUAAUUUCGCACAUCUUCUUGCUCAUUGGCUGCGCCAUACCGCUCUGGCUGGGUCUGGCCUCGUUGCCUCGCGACGGCAGCGGGCCGCUGAAGGGCUGGGACGUCCCGACGCGGGAGGUGAGCAUGGUCUCGGGCGUGGUGUGUGUCGGACUCGGGGACGCGGCCGCGUCGCUGGUCGGCCGGAGGUGGGGACAUCGGAAGUGGAUCUGGGGCGGCGGGAAGAGCAUCGAGGGGAGUCUGGCGUUCGCCGUGGCCGUUUUUGCGGGCCUGAUGAGCGCUGCCGUGUGGUUGAGGCUGGGUGGGUGGGAGGUUACGACGACGAUGACGCCGACCGGGAGUCAAGGGUUUGCUCCUUCUGCGUCCGGGAUGGAUGCUCUGAUGAGUGUGUUGGACCUGGCCAGUCUGUGGCCGUGGCUGUGGGAGGAGGCGCCCAAGUCGGCGGUCUGUGCUUCGCUGGCGUCGCUGACGGAGGCGGUGCUGACGGGCGGUAAUGAUAAUGUGGUGGUGCCGGUGGUGCUCUGGGGUUGUGUGAAGAGCUUGGGGGUCUAGGAUUAGAUAAAAAGGGCGUUGUGAUGCGGUCUUGAUGACGGUUUAGAAAAGCUGUGGGAAGGCGUCUAGCUUGGACGCUUGUUGAAUGACCGUGUAUGUACGUAUUGAUAAUAUUACUACCCGGAGUCGUGGUCUAGAACAGAAGGCUAUUGUUACGAAAUAAGUGGAAGGGCUGUUACCACGCGCUUCUCUUAAGGGGCUCUGUCUUACAACGUCCUGUCUCAAUACACAAACCACAGGUGUG